AUGUGGCUGCGGGACGGGGAUUUAAAUACUAAGUUCUUUCACGUUUCCACAAAACAACGUAGAGCGGUAAAUAGGAUAGUUGGUCUUCAUAAUGAGGCCAACGUGUGGGUUGCGGGGGAAAAAGAGGUGGAGAAGAUAGCUGUCAGCUAUUUUGAUAAGUUGUUUACAUCAGACUCCCCGGUAGAUUUCACAGGAGUUUUGGAACAUUUGUCAGAGCGGGUUACACCGUUGGAAAAUAACGUUUUGACUCGGCAGGCAACGGAAACGGAGGUGCGCGAGGCGUUAUUUAUGAUGCAUCCAGAGAAAGCCCCUGGACCAGAUGGGAUGACGACUUUAUUUUUCCAGCGUUCAUGGCAUAUAGUCAAGGAGGAGGUUCUGUGCCAGAGGCUCAAAGUGCUGCUCCCAAGGUUAAUCUCGGAAACUCAGUCGGCGUUUGUUCCGGGCCGCCUUAUUUCUGAUAAUAUCUUGAUAGCCCAAGAGAUGUUUCAUGGACUCCGGACGAAUAAGUCAUGUAAAGGAAAAUUCAUGGCUGUUAAGACGGAUAUGAGUAAGGCUUAUGAUCGGGUUGAAUGGAAAUUUAUAGAGGCGUUAAUGCGGAAAAUGGGUUUUGCCGAGCAUUGGAUCCUCUUGAUGAUGCGAUGUAUUACAUCAGUUCAGUAUAAAGUGUUACUCAAUGGACAGCCAAAAGGAAGAAUUAUUCCUCAACGGGAGCUACGUCAAGGGGACCCGUUAUCACCCUAUCUUUUUAUCCUCUGCACGGAGGUGUUAAAAGCAAAUCUCAACAAGGCCGAAGAUAUGAAGAGGAUUACUGGUUUGAAGAUGGCCCGGGCGAGUCCGGCGGUAUCUCACAUUUUAUUUGCCGAUGAUAGCCUUUUUUUCUGCAGAGCGUCUGCAGAGGAGAGUCAGGUUUUAAUCCAAAUUUUAAAAGAGUAUGAAACCACAUCAGGGCAACAAAUAAAUAUGGGGAAGUCCUCGGUUCAGUUUGGCCAUACGGUGGAUCUGGAUGUAAGACGGGAGAUACAUCAAAAUAUGGGAAUCACGACAGUCGAGGGUGUAGGAAGCUAUUUGGGAAUACCGGAUAGUCUAGGGGGAGCAAAGACAAAGAUAUUCAGUUUUCUGGUGGAAAGACAGAAUCAACGCAUAAAUGGCUGGAAUUCUAAGUGGUUAUCAAAAGGGGGAAAAAAGGUUCUUAUUAAGUCAGUAGCUUCGGCGAUGCCCACACACGUCAUGUCCUGCUUUCGUCUACCUAAGGGAAUAACUAAUAAACUAUCCGGUGCGGUAUCAAACUUUUGGUGGAGCAAUAGUGGACAAUCACGGGGAAUACAUUGGUUGGCAUGGAGCAAACUCUGUAGGCAAAAAAAGGAUGGGGAUCUGGGUUUCAGGGUAAUUGAGGAUUUUAACACGGCCUUACUGGCCAAACAGUUAUGGCGGUUAAUGGACUACCCGGAGUCGCUUUUCGCACGGGUUUUCAAGGGACGGUAUUACCGGAAUUCUACACCUUUGGAUAAUAUUCGAUCUUACUCACCUUCCUAUGGUUGGCAGAGUAUAGUUUCGGCUCGACCUCUGAACCAGCCCAUGGAGUCAGGACGGGAAGGAUGUGAUACAAGGGGUCUUCAGGCCCAGGCUCCAACUACGGUUCCCAAUAGGAGUUUGUUCUCUAAUAUGGCAUAUUUGUUCUGGGAAUUACCAAAUGAUGAUAGAAUGAGGAUGUACCCUUGGUUGAUUUGGUAUAUUUGGAAAGCUCGCAAUGAUAAGGUUCUAGGGAAUGUGGAUUGGGACCCAAAUGAUAUAAUUACAAAAGCGACAGCGGAAUCAUUGACAUGGGCUAAGGCCCAGGAAAAACAAGAAACAGAGAUCCACGAUUACAGACUCCAGUGGAAACCAUUUUAUCGGGUGACCGGUGUCAAGUGGAUGGAGCAUGGAAGGAGACAGAUUGUAGGGCUGGCCUGGGAUGGUAUCACUUCAAUCCAGAUACACAGAAUGGUGUCUAAACCAGAGGAGUGGCCGGCGUUUGCAAUACUUCUUGAGAAGGUCGACAAAUGCAAGAUGGGGUUCACCUCAUUUUCAAUUGUCCAUAUACCCAGGAUGAACAACACGAAGGCAGACAAGUUAGCACGAAGUGCUCGAGCUCUACCUACUGAUGUGUACUAUGUAAACUCUGUAUCACCAGCUUGGAUCCCCGAGUUGCUGUAG